AUGGACCCUUUAUCGCGCGAAGAGGCGGCUCCCAGGUCCACUUCGUUCUAUCGUGGGUUCUACGAUGCACAACAGCGGCGGCCAAUCAAGAAUGUUGAGCCUACACUCGGCCAGGCGGUCGGCGGUGCCAUUUUCACGGCACUUCCGUUCGCUGCCAUCUACUUUUUAUUAAUGCGGCGACGGGCUCGAAUAGCAGCGGCGACAGCCGCACCCGGCGCAAAGCCGACCGGUUUCAUGUCCAACGUGAUGGAGAUGAUGCAGAAACAGAUGAACCCCUUGGGGGACAAGAAUUUUCGUGUCGAGGUGAAGGACACAAGGUUCAAGGACGUGAUAGGCGUCCCCGAGGCAUUGGAGGGGGUGCAGCAGUACGUCAACUUCCUCAAGACACCCGAGCUCUUUACGCGGCUCGGCGGCAGGCUGCCGAAAGGCUGCAUCCUCACUGGCCAGCCGGGGACAGGCAAAACACUACUUGCUAAAGCAGUCGCGGGGGAGGCAGACGUGCCGUUCUUUACGUGCAGCGGAGCAGACUUCAUUGAGGUCUACGCCGGCUCAGGCCCGAAGCGUGUGCGGGAGCUGUUCGCAGCCGCCAAGAAGGAGGCCCCAUCUGUCAUAUUUGUUGACGAAAUCGACGCUGUUGGUUCGCGCAGCAAUGGGCAGGGUGCGCUGGGUUUGAGCUCAGAAGAGAACCGUACCGUCAACCAGCUUCUGGCAGAGCUCGACGGCCUGCAGGCGAAUGAGGCAGUCGUCGUGUUUGCCGCAACCAACUUCAUUGAAAAUCUCGACAAGGCUCUCCUCCGCGAGGGCCGCUUUGACCGCAAGGUGGAAGUGCCGAUGCCGGAUCUACAGGCGCGCGAAGACCUCUUCGCGUUUUACCUCAAGCGCGUCGUCACGUCUGAUCCAGAGGUGAAGGCGCGGCGCAUGGCGAGCCUCACACCCGGCGUCUCGCCGGCCACCAUAUCGGCGAUAGUAAACGAGGCAGCCCUCGCAGCGGCGGUGGAGGGUGACGAUGAGGUAACGGAGCGAAGACUGCUUCCAGCCAUUGACGACGUUCUUGUUGGUAAAAAGCAUCGCAGCCGCAUGUCGGAAGCGGUGGCACACCGCGUGGCACUCCACGAGAGUGGACAUGCUCUCAUCGCGUGGCUUCUACCACAGCAGUCAGACGUCAUCAAAGUGUCGAUCACCCCGCGCGGCCCCGCAGCGGGGUUUACACAGCAGCUCGGCAAAGAGGUGUUCGACAUGCCCACCGAUGUCUCACUCUUCACGGAUCUCUGUGUCAUGCUUGCUGGCCGCCUCGCAGAGGCCACGAGAUAUGCGGAGCUCACGACUGGUGCACAAGAUGAUUACCAGCGCGCCACUGAAACGUCGAUACGUGAGUUUUUGUCGUUUGGCAUGUCGCACCGUGUUGGUCUGCUUGCAUUUGAGCCGCAGCGGCUGGGUGAAGGACGGAUGUAUCAGAGGCACUCAGAGCAAAUACAGGCAGUUGCCGAGACGGAGGCAGCGCGGCUGGUGGACACUGCCCAUCACUUCACACAGGCACUGAUCCUGAAACACAAGGAGACGUUGUAUCGACUUGCCGAUACACUCUUCACCAAGAAGGAGUUGUUAAGGGAGGAUUUGGAGGCAUUGCUGGGUCCACGGAGCGCCGCAACCUUGUCAGCAGAGGCGGAGAAGGCACUUGCAGCCUUUGUGCAGAAGUCUGAGGAGUAUAGGGUAAAGCAGCGAGACGCUGUCUGUUGA